AUGAGGACCUCCUUUUGCCGCUUGUAUGUCACUGUGGGGUUGACCAUCGCCCUGGCCAGCGCCAUUGGCACGACCCCACGGCCCAUCACGACGCGCGCUCAGACACCUACGCCUUUUGUACCCUCGCUGGUCCCAGCCAGUCUGCUGCUAGCCCUUGAACUCCAAUCCAAUGCCUCUGGCUAUUCGCUCGAGGGUGGACACGCCCAUGGCUUGACUUUUGCCAAAACCGUUGGACGCUGCAAUUGCAAAACCAUGACCAAGUGCUCGGAUCCAGUCGGCCUUGGCUGUCUUCAGCCUUUCACUUGCUGGGAUCCCACCGGAGAAUCUUGCAUCACCUUUAGCAGCUGUGAUCAGAAUGAUUCGGAUCAAAUGAAGAAGAAGUUCAAGUUUGCGGCAGCAUGUGACGGCCAGGGUGGCCCCGAUCUCUCCAACAAGAAUCGCCGCCGAAUUUACAAAAUUUUGCGAGACGCGAUUCAAAGCUGUCCGCAAGUCAAGCCUUGCCGCAUCCUGCUCCGCAAUGAAGACGAUCUUCAGCUGGCCGAUGACAACGACCGUGGGUUGAAUCGCUAUCGCGUGAAGGUGCAAGUUCGCUCGAAGAAGGAUAAGAAGCGUCUUGCUCAAUGCAUAAGAGAAGCCGAUGUCCAAGACCUAAUUCGAGGGCCAUGCAUGGUGGCCACCAAACCAGACCUUCUUCCUCUAACCACCUCGACCACCACGACCACCACGACCACCUCGACCACCUCGACCACCUCGACCACCUCGACAACCUCGAGCACCUCGACAACCUCGAGCACCUCGACCACCUCGACAACCUUGAUCACCUCGACCACCUCGACCACCCUGCCUUCAACAACAUUGGCAUCAACGACAUUGGCAUCCACCACUCAAACGCAGACGACGGAUUCGACAUCGACCUCGACAACAUCAGUUUCCACCACCACAACCACCUCGACCACUGCCCCCAUCGAAUAUUGCAUUUUUCUCGAUGGGUUUUAUUUCUUCUCCAUUUCCACUGUCGAGGAAUUGGACACACCAGGAGACGUACAAUCUAUUGAACUCUCAGGAGAGACUAAUGUAACUUAUGUUGGUUCUCUAAAUGGUGACUAUCUGCUUGCCAUCACAAGCAACACAACCGAUGUCAUCAACCUUGGUCCCUACAAUGUCUCGCUGACACCUGGCAACACAACCUUCAUCAACGUGGGCAACUGGUCUGGUACAGCCACCUUCUUCAGCACUGGCCAGACCAUUGAAGUCGCCGUGGAAUCACCAAGCGAAAUCACGCCUGUGCCAUGCGAAGGAGUGUGCUUUGCAAGCACGACCCGUAUGAUGUUGGCCAACGGCAGCUGGGCGGUGCUGACGGACCUGACGACGGGCGACAUGCUCAAGUGCAUCAGUGAUGUGGACUCGAGUGUGGUGGACUGCCCGCUGACGACGGUAACGCAUGUGGGGCACUCGACGGCGUUCUCGGUUGUGGCGCUGCAGUAUGAGGACGCCCACGGAGUGGAGCAGGAGCUGCAGUUGUCGAAAACGCACUAUGUGUUUGUGGCCAGCGAGUCGUUGGGGGCGGGGUGCAACACGCAACUACCGGCGGGCUCGUAUGUGGAGGCGGAGGCGGUGGCUGUGGGGGAUCUGGUGGUGGUGUUUGAUGAGAGUGGAUGUUUGUUGGUGACGAGUGUGACGGGGAAGCGGUGGGAUACGGCGGUAGGAUUCUAUUCACCGCUGACGUCGAUGAGCACUGUCGUGGCGGAGGGGCUGGUGGCCUCGAGCUAUACGGGCGACUUUGGGUUUGCGCAUUGGUUGCAGCACAUCUUUCUGACGCCACUGCGAGAGACGGUUGAGAGCGACCGCGCGGUGGUUGAUUAUGCGGAUGGGCAUCAUGCGUAUACUGAGGCAGCGAUGGGCCUGAUGAGUGUUGAUGGGGCGGUGUUGGCGGGGCAGGUCGAGGCGAUGGUAGCGCAGUAUGAGGCCAAUGGGGGAACGUUGAGCCGAGCUGAGCUGGAGGCGAUCUUUGGGCUUGAGCUGUGA